UCUUCUUCUACUUCUUUUUUAUAUAAUAAAGUAUCUCCUUUAUAUAUAUAUCAUAAUACUUUUACUCAAUUUACCCUUUUUAUCAUCUUAUUCUUUACCUUACAAAGUCAUUCAUUGUACUCCUUUUUUUUUUCUUUUUCUUUGUUUUUAUAUAUACACACACACAAACACAUAUAUAUAUAUAUGUAAUAUACCUUACAUAAAACAAAUGAACUCUAUAUUUGACUAUUUUCGGUCUCUUUUCAUCUCACAACAAUAUACAAGACUUGGUGGUAGUCCUACAACAACAGCAACAACAACAACUUAUAUACGACCAAUAAAACGCUGGCGACCAUGGACAAUUUUGAAAUGGGCUAUUAUUUUAGGUUGUAUUGGUAUUCUUACUUUUUUUAUUGUUUGUGACUUACAACUCAACAUUCGAAUCUAUUUACGAAACUGGAUCUCUCAUGCUGAUGAAGCUUAUUAUGAACAACUAGGUGGUUGUUUCAAAUCUUUACCCGAUGAUUCCCCUUACAUUCAUGGUAGUCAAGGCUAUGUAUAUGACGUGACUCCAGGCAUUGGUUUAUUGGAUGACUUUGAUUGUUAUGACUUUGCUUCUACUAUUCAACCCAUACCCAAAACUACUUUAGAUUCAUCUUCCAAACCCAUGAUUUAUCAUGCUUACUGGCGUGCUGAUCUUGCUCCUGUUGGUCCCAAACAAUUAGCAACGUUACGAUCUUUUUUCGCCACUCAAAAUGUUGAAAACUCAGUGAUCUAUCUUUGGUCAAAUGGUGAUUUGUCAAAUUCUAGUGUCAUUAAGGAUAUCAAGUCUCACGUUGGGGAUCGAUUACAAACAUUGAUAUAUGAUCCUAAAGAACUCUCAAAAGGCUCACCUAUGGAAGCAUCCCCUCAUUUGGAUUUUCAAGAUACAAGUGGUUAUUUGGAUGGUGAUCUUGUUCGAUUAUUAGUACUAUACAGGUAUGGUGGUAUGUGGUUUGAUAUGGACUCUUUGUUUAUUCGAGAUAUGUCUCCUUUAUUCGAACGAGAAUGGUUACAACAAUGGGAUUGUUUCUUACCAGAUGGAUUCCCCUUCAAUGGUGCCUUUAUGCGAUUCAACAAACAUUCUCCUUAUCUAUGUGAAAUGCUGACAGAAAUGGCAAGAGGUCCUCUUCCAAGACCAAAUACGAUCGACUGGGGUGGUUAUAUGUAUUAUCGUGUCUAUCGUCGUUUACUUCAUCAUGGUAUUCGUCCUUGGUCUGUUUUACCCUGGUGUUUCACGGAUUCCAUGGUCUGCGCUCCCUCCAACUCGAUGCCAAAUGCUUUUGUCGAAACUGAAUUCUCUGAACAUCGCCUACUACAAACAUUUGCUUAUCAUUGGCACAAUCAAUGGAAAAAAGAACCUGGAUCUCUCUUUCGCUUUUUGGAAAAUAGGCACAAGAAUGUUACUGGUUGGUGAUUUAUUGUUAUUAUUAUUUUGUAUCCAUCUCUGUCUUAUUUGUGGAAUUUUAUUAUAAUUACUCUCUCUACUAGUUAGUUUAUUAUUUUAGUUCCUUUUAUUUAUUUAUAUAUAUAUCUUUAUUACACAUAUUCUCAC